ACACUGGGGGAAUGCCCCUCUUUGGCGGGGUUUCUGUUGAAGCGCACUCGUGACCGCCCUGCUCGAGGCCCCUGAGCGUCGAGAAGCAAAAACGUGGCGCGUCCCUCGCGCCCUUCAGAACGUCGGGUUCACCUGCAGCAGCCUGAGCCCAAUUCCAAAGCCAUACUUCCCCCAAGUUUUCUUUGAUUCUUGUCCCAAGUACAAAGUGAACUUUGCUCAUACCCUCGCGCAUCUUGGGGAAAUCAACGACAUUAGGCCACUAUUCUCUUCAAUCUGUCAACAAGAAGUUGCCAAAGAUGGCCAGUAAGACGUCUGCAGUGGCAGACGAGCCGAUUGAAGUGCUCUUUGCCCUGCAUCCCAAGUUCAACCUCACCGACUUCGCUGGUCCUCUGGAAAUCUUGACCAGGGCCCUGCACGAUGCCAAAGAUCCCGAGUCCAAAGCCUUCGACUUCACUAUCGCUUCGGGUGAGCCCAACGUGCUUUCUGAGCAGGGCGCCAUCAUUGGUUCCCAGGUUUUGUGGAAGGAGGCCCACGAGCGUCUCAAUGACUUCGAUGUCCUUGUUGUCGUCGGCGGCAACACCGACGAGAUCUUGAAGGAGAAGGCUGAGCCUCUCGGCCUCAUCACCGCCUUCGCCGAGCUUCAGCAGAACGACCCCAGCCGCGAGCGCACUCUGCUUUCCGUCUCCACCGGGUCCCUGUUCCUGGCACAGCAGGGAAUCCUCCAGGGCCUGUCUGCGACGACCCAUCCCGACUACUACAUCAAGUUCGAGAACCUGUGCAGCGAGGCCGUCAAGCGAAACCUGGGCGAGCAUACCGACCUCAUCGAGGACGCGCGAUAUGUGGUGAAUAACCUGCGCUUCGAGCUGGGAGACGAGGACGAGAAUCCCUACAUCCGGCGCAAGUCAGAUGCCGGGCGCCCUCCCAACGCCCGGAAGGGAUCAGUAUCAUUCAAGAGCGCUUCGCGCCGGGAAUCGAUCGCCCGGCGCGCCGCGAUGCGCCUCGGUGGCCUUCGCGUGAUCACCAGCGGGGGAGUAGCCGCUGGCAUGGAUGCAGCUCUGUACCUGGUUAGCAUCCUGGUUUCAGAGGAAUCCGCCAACGAGGUGGCCCGGGUCAUGCAAUUGACCUGGACCAAGGGCGUGGUCGUGGACGGGCUUGAUGUGUAAAUAAAUGAAAGCAUUAGACUCGUGGCAGGUGUCACGC